ACGCGUCAUCGCCCUGUCGUCCUUAAGAAGAACUCUCUCUUCGGCGACGCCAUCUCCAUCUCCAUCUCUUCCCCCAUGCGGUGAAGCUCAGCCAUAGCUGGUUCCUUAUGCUUCCAGCUCAGCCAUAGCUGGUUCCUUGUGCUUUCUGUACUUCUUCUUCUUCUUCUUCUUCUUGGGCGCGAAGGAGGAUUGCUAUGGAGGUUGACGACAACAGACUACACGAUGCUGUGUUCAGCAAGGCGUCGCUUAUCCGAAAGGAGAUCGAGACGCUAAGCUUGCGGAAAAUUCGUCGAAUAUUGGAAGAAGACCUUUGCCUGGCAGAAAAUGCUCUAGAUGAGAAGAAGGAUGUAAUCCGAGAGCUUGUAGAUAAGGUAAUCAACGGCGAGGGAGGCAGCGAUUCCGACGAGGAGGUGGAUCCCGAUCCCGGCAAUGGGGAGAAGUUAGAGAAGCGGGCGGAGGAGAAGAAGGAGGUGGAGGAGGAGGAGAAGAAGAGGAGAGCACCACCUGCUACCAAGCUAAGCGGGACUAAGACAAAGGGCAGGAAGAAGAAAGCUUCGAAAGACGGUGAUGACAACGAAGAUGACGACGACGGCGAUGGUGAUUGGGAGGACGAUGAGGGAGAGGAGGAGGAGGAGGAGGAGGAUGGAAGGGGGCGGGGUAGAGGUAGGGGUAAUAAGGUAAAGGGACCGCAGAGGAAACUGCAACAGCCCCAGGUGCCGCCGCCGCCGUCGAGAGGUGGUGCAGGGGCACUUCGGCAACUUGCCAAAGGAAAGUCGGUACCGGGCAGUAUUAAGACGACGACGACGACGAAGAAGAAGAAGGAAGAGAGCGAAGAUGCUUCUGGAGGAAGAAAUGGUGUGGUCAUGGUCGUGGAGAAGAAGAAAGCAAUGGCAGAGAAGAAGACGACGGACCCAUCUCCCAAGGACACCGUACGAGCUGACCUCAGCAGCAAAGGGAGGAGGAGGAAGAAGAAGGCCAAUAAGGACGCGAUCGAUGAAGAUGAUGAUGACGACGGUGGAGUGACAGAUGGCCUUUCAGACGAGGAGGGGGAGGAAGGGAAGAAAGGGAGUGGCGAUGGCGAAGUAGGGGACGACGAAGGGGUGAAGGAGGAGAGGGAGGAGGUGGAGGACGGAGGCAGUGGGGAGGAGGAGGAGGAGGAGGGGGGUGGUAGUACUGGAGGGAAGAAGAGAACAGCAGUGGUCAAGAAGAAGACAGGUGUAAAGCGGAAGACAGAGAGCGGUGGCGUACGAGGGAGGGGGCGGCCGAAGAAGAGGAAGAAGGCUGAUGACGAAGAAGGAGAGGACGACGACGACGAAGAAGAAGAAGAUGAGGAUAUGGAGAGAUCUUCUGGUGAAGAGGAGGAGGAGGAGGAUGGCUAUGGCGGCGGUAGAGGGGGAGAUAGUGACGGCUUAGGUUCAGAAGAAGACGGCAGUGAGAGGGAGAAAGCAGCAAAGAGGAGGAAGAAGAAGCAGCCGCAGCAGCAAAUAGCAGCGAAGAAGAAGGGCAUAUCGGCAAUUGCCGGGAGCUCCGCCGCUGCCAAGCCCUCCGUGUAUAGCAACAGGGUGGAGAAAAUAAAGGGUGUAAUUAGGUCUUGUGGGAUUACUAUUCCGCCUAUUGUCUAUAAGAAGGCUAAUCAAAGACCUGUGGAUGAGCGGGAAGAGUUUUUGAUAUCGGAGUUUAAGGACAUCUUAGACCGGCACAACCUCUCAUUGAAUCCGUCAGAUAAGGAAAUUCGCGCAGUGAAGCGGGAAUUGGAAAAGAAGAAGGAUCUGGAAGGGAUUGAUUUAAGCAAUAUAAUAGACCAACCGCGGGGAAGAAGAAGAACGGCAAGCUACAGCACCGCUCCCGUUUACAAGGUGGAUGACAGCGAAGACGAAGAAGAGGAGGAGGAGGAAGAAGAAGACGACGAUGAUGAUGAUGAUGAAGGGGUGGAGGAGGAGGAGGAAGACGACGAUGAAGGUGUUGGCGAUGGCGACGGUGAUGACGAUUGAUUAACGGCGCGAAAUCAUCAUUAAUAUCCUUAACAACAUCUCAGCAGUCUUGCGAACAAACAAUGUAGGAGGGGGAGGAGGAGGAGGAGGAGGAGGAGGGAAGAGGAGAAAAGAGAGGAGAAGGGAGGAGUAGAAAAAGAGGAGAAGGGAGAGGAGAAAGAGGAGAAAGUAAAGAUUGGGGGGGGGGAGAGGGAGGGGGGGAGGGAGGGAGGGAGGGAGGGAGUUCAUUGUCAUUCCUUGGAAAAGCGAUGACGAAGUACGGAGGCGGCUAAGGGAAAGGGGGGAGGUCGCUAACGGAGGGCACUCACUGACGGAUGUCUCUACCGGGGAGGUCGCCAACGAAGGGCGCACGGACGGAGAGGUUCUCCUCUAACAGGGAGGCCGCUAACGGAGGGUAGCAACGGUGGGCUCUCUAGUGGGGUAAGGUCGCUAACGGAGGGCACUGACGGCGGAUCUCUAACGGGGAGGUCGCUAACGGAGGGCACUAACGGAGGUUUUCGAUGCGCGGAGGGAGGGCACCAACGGAGGGAGGGCAGCAACGGAGGAGGGGUCUUCUCUAACGGGGAGGUCGGACGUCGUUAAUUGAGGGCACCAACGGAGCCACUUAAGGAGGUAGCUAACGGAGAUCUCUAAUGGGGAUUUUGCUAACGGACAGGCACCAACGGAGGGAGGGGAGGGCACCAACGGAGGAGGGGUCUUCUUUAACGGGGAGGUCGGACGUCGCUAAUGGAGGGCACCAACGGAGUCGCUUACGGAGGUGGCUAACGGAGAUCUCUAAUGGGGAUUUUGCUAACGGACACCGUCAGAAACGGAAGUGGUGGGGACCAGCACAGCAAGCAGCACAUGCGUUUCGAAUGUGGCGCGCGCUUUUCAUUUUGGCGCGCUUUGUUAAUCGGGUUUCUGCCGGGCCUGUUGCUAUACAUGAGCUAAGGGAGGCCGUGUGUUAAUUGGACGUUGCGUGCGUCAAUUCCAGAUAAGCGAAAAUGGAAGAUGACCUUUUCGAAUGCUAAUCAUCAUCAUCAUCAUCAUCAUCAUACCCAUCAUCGAACGGAAAAUGUUAUCGAGAAAAUGUAUAACCGAAACGAAGAAGACAACAAUACGCCGGUGAUCGGUCAUAAUCCAUGGGAACAGACGGAUGAGAUCGUUCGUUCUAAUCAAAUCCAACGUAUAGGAGGAGGGAGGCUGUUUUCUGUCUGUUUUCUGUGGCACAAAUGGGUAAGAAGAGGGAAUGGUGGUGACGGGAACAAACGGAUGAGGGAGAAUUGAUAACGGGGGAACAAACAGAUAAGAGGAGG